GCCUCUUUUGCUCCACAACUUCUUCCACUUCAGACCUUUUUCUUUUCUCUUUCUCUCGGCGUUUUGUGUGGACUAACAGUCUCAUUUGGUGUUGGUCUAUUUUCUGGCGCAUAGUGAUCUACUUGGAUCGAGACGCCGGUCAAGUUGUCAGCCAGUCUUUACACUUGCGGCUUGCCACCUUCGGUCCGCGAUAGUUUCAUUGCCUGCCUUCGUCGGCCGUACCAUCGCUUCUCUCUCUGUCUCUGGGCAUCGGGGUCGCCAUGUCGUCCGCUACGGCUUCCGAUGCUCCCGAAAAGGCUCCCGAUGAUUCCUCGAAGCUCAAGACCUUUCUGUCUAUACUGCGCAAGUUCAUCGGGGUAGCUGACAUCGCCUCCGUUCGCUUCUCAUUGCCUGCACAUCUCCUCGAGCCCACGCCUAAUCUGGAAUACUGGAACUACUUGGAUAGACCGGAGACCUUUGCAAGCAUUGGUAAAUCAGAUGACCCGCUGGGUCGUAUGUUGGAGGUUCUGAGGUUUUGGUUUACCAAGGACCUGAAAUACAUCAAGGGCAAACCAUGCAAGCCGUAUAACUCCACACUCGGUGAAUUCUUCAGGUGUACCUGGGAGAUCAACCAGUCUCUCCCAGAAGUUUCAGUACCGUCCAAGGCAAGCGGUGCAACCAACACGGCGCCUGCCGCCAAGAAGGACAGCGAUGGACCGGUCAAGGUAUGCUACUUGACCGAGCAAACGUCUCAUCAUCCACCAGUGUCUGCAUUCUUCAUCGACUGCCCUGAACAAGGCGUUUCAGCUCGUGGCUUUGACCAGAUCAGUGCGAAGUUCACAGGCACGAGUAUUCGCGUUGCCCCGGGCCAACAUAACCUGGGCAUCUUCAUUAAUAUCGAAAAGAGAGAUAAUGAGGAGUAUCAGCUAACCCACCCUGACGCUCACCUAGGGGGGCUACUGAGGGGAGCACUGGCUAUCACCGUGUCCGAUACGUGCUACAUCACAUGCUCCCGGACACGUAUCAAAGUGAUCCUGCAGUACCUAGAGGAAGGUUGGAUUGGCCGAGCCCAGAACAAGGUUGAAGGUGUCAUUUUCCGGUAUAAUCCUGAUAAAGAUACCACCACGAAAAUCAAGGACGUCCCCGAUGGUGAUGUUCUCGCCAAGAUUAGUGGAUCAUGGCACGGGAAGGUAUACUAUACUUUGGCUGGAACCAACGAGCCCCAGGUCUUGAUUGAUCUCGCGCCUCUUUUCCCAGUCGCCAAAAAUGUGCCACCGGAAGACAAUCAACUCACCAACGAAUCCCGUCGGUUCUGGUCGGGUGUCACGACAGCGAUCGUGAACAAGAAAUACAGCCAAGCAACCAAACUCAAGCAGGAUAUUGAGGAACGGCAACGGCAAAAGGCAGCCGAACGACAGGCCCGCAACGAGAAGUGGCAACCUCGCUUCUUCACCGAGGCUGUUACGCCCUUGGGGAAACCCCAGCUGACCGAAGAAGGGUAUAAAGCGUUGGAAGGCCUCCGCCAUGAUGAGUACCUACUCGAGGAGAACGAAACACAGGGUGCAUAGAGUCAUAGCGGCUUGCUGCUUUCGGGUAUACAUGAACGUCUUGUGGGUUUGGCGUAUCUGGUAAAGAGACCAUAUAGGUCGGCAUUUAUUUUUUUCAUUGGGUUUUUUUCUGCACUGUUACAACUUCUCUUGUGUUAUUGUAUUGAGAGAAUUUCGCAACGCAUGAACUUGUACCUUUGACCUAGGCUGUGUGUGAUAUUGUUGUCAAUUGAACCAGACUUAAUCCGUGCUUUCUUGAAGCCAAUUAGCCUGACUACCAACAAAUAUAACACUGAAC